AUGCGCUGCAAACAAUGCAAUCGCACCGACUUUCAGCUCGACGAAGACACAGGGAAUCCGUAUUGCAGCGGAUGUGGGACGAUCCCGGAGUACGAUAACUACGUGGCUCAAAUCGGCGGCAUAAACGGACCUCAAGGUACGUAUAUCCAAGUAGGCAGGACCGGUAUAGGCCAUGUCCUCGCUUACAAAGAGAAGAAGGUCUAUGAAGCUAAGAACUUGAUUGAAGUAAUCGCAGAGAGAUUGAAUCUGGGUACUAAAUCUGAAGAGGUUAAGAGUAUGAUUGAAGAGGAGGAGAGAGUGUUUUGCCUAUGGAGGAGAUUGCUGAUGCUGUUGGAUGUGAUAGUAGGAGGUGAAAGUCAGCUUAGUUGUGUAUCUAACACGGAUGAUGAUGAGUUGUCUGCGAAACAGUUGUGUACAACGUAUAAAGAGUUUGAUGAUGGAGUUCGAAACGGGACUAUUGUGAGAAGAAGUGAGGAAAACGAUAACAGUAGUAGAUCUGUUUUUCAGAUGGUUCCAUGUGAGGAUUGGUGGAAGGGGAAAUCGAAGAUGAGUCAAAGGCUUCCGCUGAAAGAAGUGUUGGAGAAAGAUGUAGGGCUUGAGGCUUUGCCUCCGUAUCUGAAAUGGAUUGGGAGGAUUUGGUGA